AUGAAAACUCUUGCCCCUUUCUCAAGCCACCGUCUCCGUCAACGAAUCUCCACCGUAUACCCCACCGCCAUGACUUUCUUAUCACGCCCCUCCUCCUCCACCUCGAUCAUCAAGUCUCGGUCCGAAGAAAACCUAACAAAACUCAACGAAUGUAUGGACAACAUGGACGACGACGUUUCGAAGAUGUUCAUGGAGUGUCACCAAACAGACUUCCGCCACGACCCCGAGCUACUCCGUCUCCUCAACGAAUACUUCACCACAAGCAAAUCCGUGACGUCACUCUGCGAGUCUCUUAGAAAGUGUCUAGAAAAAGCCGAACACGACGAGUGUUUCUUGUUAGACGAGACGCUGCGUGACUUCGAGGAGGAGAAAAACGGUUGCGCCGGUUUGUUGGAAGCUAGCUUCAGAAAAACGGUUAUAGAUCUCAGAAAGUUCAACGAAAACGGCGUCGUUGUCGUCGGAGAUGACUUUCUCGAGAAGGUUCAGAUUUGUCAUCAAGAUUUAGCGGAGAUGAUCGUUAAGCUAGAGGCUACGAUGAAGGAGAUCGACAAGAAGCUGAGACGCGUGCGUGGCAAAAGAGCAGUGAUCACGGCGGCGAUAAUCGCUCCGGUGAUUGCCUUAGCGACGGUGAGUAAAAUCGUCGCCGGAAUAUUCGGUUCUGUUCCGGUUGGAGAAGUGACGAAUUUCGCGGCGUCGAAGUGGAAGAAGUCGACGGCAACUCUGAAGCGGGAGAAGACGGCGGUGACGUCGAUGGAGAGAGCGACGAUGGUGGCUCUCAAGGAAGUGGAGAGGAUCGGUAGGCUGGUGAGUAGGUUGGAGGCGGUGGAGAGGUCUAUUAGAGUGACGGCGGAUUUCGCCGUUAAGAAACGGUCGUCUGUGGCGGUUGCGAUGGGAGGGAUGGAGAGGGAAAGGAAGAGGUUGAAGUCAACGCUCGUUGACUUGGAUAGAGAGACUGGGAGGUGUGAUGGGUUUGUGGAGUUUGGAAGGACGUUGGCUAAGGACAAGAUCUUUGAGUUUCUGUCUUGUGGCGAGAAAAAGCUCUAA